AUCAAGUUGAUAAAUUUAACUAAAUAAUUAAUAAACAAAAGAUUGGGGUAAAGGCUCAUGGGUAAUAAGGGACGGUUUUAGCUGGAAGUUGGGGAUGGGUGACAAAAUAAAAUUCUGGUAUGAUAAAUGGGUAGGCAUAGAUUCUUUGGACGUCUCCUUUCCUAGAUUAUUUAAUCUAGCUUUGAAUAGGAAUGCUAAUGUUAUGGAAGUGGGUCAAAUCUCUAAUGGCUUAUGGAUUUGGAGAAAUGCAUGGAGACGUGAACCUUUUGGCAGGGAAAGGAAUGAAGAACGACUGCUAAAGGAAAGCCUUGUUGGUGGGAUCACUUUCUCUACCCAACCCGACCAAAGAGUUUGGAGCUUUGAUACCGCAAAUGGAUACACAGUGGGCAAGGCUUACUCAAUGAUGGCUGGACAGAACAAUAUUUUGGAACCAAGAAUCUGCACAAGGCUAUGGAACAGAUUAGUACCAACUAAAGUCAGUUGUUUUGGUUGGCGCUUGCUCCUUAAUGGUAUCCCAACAAAAUCUGGUCUCUUGAAGAGGGGUGUCAAGCUGGAAGAAGCAGAAACUAUUUGUUGCAUAUGCAGAAGGGACUUCGAGGAUGAAAAUCACCUGUUCGUUCAAUGCCCAAAGAUACAGAGCCUAUGGAUGAAAUGCUACAACUGGUGGGGGAUUUCUCUACCUCUGCCCAACUCCAUUCCCCUUCUUUGUGAAGCUCACAGCUUUGGGAUCAAAAAGGUGGUAAAAUCUGAUGUGUGGUUUCUCAUAUUCCUGGUGGUCACAUGGUCCAUAUGGUAUUCGAGGAAUUCUAUUAUUCAUAACGCACAACAGUGGGAUGAGGGUAAGGUAGCACGAUUAGUAAAACAAGGAACUGGAAAAACCACCUUAGCAGUAGGUGAUGAUGCAAAUGAUGUUGGAAUGAUUCAAGAAACUGAUAUUGGUGUUGGCAUCCGUGGAGUGGAAGGUAUGCAGGCUGUGAUGGUCAGUGACUUCUCUCUUGCCCAAUUUCGAUUUUUGGAAAGGCUUCUGGUUGUCCAUGGACACUGGUGCUACAAGAGGAUUGCACAGAUGAUAUGCUAUUUCUUCGACAAGAACAUUGCGUUUGGUCUUACUCUCUUCUACUUUGAGGCAUUCACUGGUUUCUCUGGGCAGUCAAUUUAUGAUGACUGGUACAUGAUAUUGUUCAAUGUCCUUCUUACUUCGUUCCCUGUCAUUUCACUUGGAGUUUUUCAACAGCAUGUUCCUUCUGAUGUUUGCUUACAGUUCUCCGCAUUGUAUCAGCAAGGGCCUAGGAAUUUGUUCUUCGACUGGUAUAGGAUAUUUGGAUGGAUGGGCAAUGGUUUUUAUUCCUCUCUCAUAAUUUUCUUCCUCAAUAUAAUAAUCUUCUAUGAUCAAGCUCUCCGCAUGGGAGGACAGACUGCUGAUAUGGCUGCCUUGGGCACUACAAUGUUUACCUCUAUCAUAUGGGCCCUCAACUGCCAGAUUGCACUCACUAUGAGCCACUUUACAUGGAUCCAACACCUCUUAAUCUGGGGCAGCAUAGUCACUUGGUAUUUGUUUCUCUUCAUGUAUGGCAUGCUGUCUCCCACAUUUUCUGGUAAUGCCUACCAGCUUCUCGUGGAAGCCCUUGCUUCCGCACCCAUCUAUUGGCCUCUUAGUAACAGUUGCUUAAAAGACAUUGAGGAUAAACGCAUGUGGACUAGGGAGCGCUCUAAGGCAAGACAGAAAACCAAUAUUGGGUUCUCAGCACGUGUGGAUGCAAAGAUCAGACAAUUAAGGGUGAAGUUGCAGAGGAAACAACCAUCUCUAGAGCAAGUGCAUGAUAUGAUGUCCCCAAUAUCAUAACAAUGGCCAUUAUUUCAGUUUUUUUUUUUUCUUGAAUAUUGUUAGGUAAUUUUUCUUUUGGCCAUUUGCAGUUUUAACAUUGAGGCUUUUUUUUUUUUUUCUUCUUUUUCGAUUCAUUUGUUCAUUUCA